UUGCUUCAGUGAGAGUCAUACAAACCAGUUACUCAAGCAAACUGAAUCACUAGCGUUUCAACUAUUCUUGCACUGUAGUAGUGCAAAUUUAUUUUGAUAACUUUGACGUGCAAAACAGUAUUUUGCACUCAUAUAUAGUCUUUAAAAGUGUAUUAUACCUUGUACUCGAUGGAUUUUCUGUGGCUGGUCUGUGUUUUUGUGAGCGUCAGCGCCUGGUACGCAUCCGCAGAGCGACACAGUGUGUACUGGAACAGCUCAAACUCCAAUUUCCUAUGGGACGACUACACUGUGGAUGUCCGCAUUAAUGACUACCUAGACAUCAUCUGCCCUCACUACACACGUGGCGAGAUCCCAUCCCAGGAGGCAGAACGGUACGUGCUCUACAUGGUGGAGCUGGAGGAUUACGAGGCCUGUAAGCCGCAGUCCUUCGACCAGCUACGCUGGGAGUGCUCUAGACCCUUCGCUCCUCAUGCCCCUGAGAAGUUCUCAGAGAAGUUCCAGCGCUUCACUCCCUUUACUCUGGGCAAGGAGUUCCACCAGGGAGAAAGCUACUACUAUAUUUCCAAGCCUCUUCACCAUCAUGGGCAGGAGUGUUUGAGACUGAAGGUGGAUGUUGUUGGACAUCAUGGUUCCAAGAGCAAGAAGAAGACAAUGGAGAAGGAAGAGGAGAUCAAAGCAAAGAUGGCUGCAGGAGGCGUUCAUAACCCAUCCAACAGGCUUCCAGCAGAUGACCCUAUUGCAAUGAUCCCAGUUGUGCAGAGGAGCGUGGGCAGUUCCGGUGUUUGUUUGGCUCCAGUAACAAGCUUCUUCACAUUGGUCUCUGUAUUCAUCCUUCGGCUCCUCCACUGAGCCUGAUAAAGGGACUCUCCACUGUGGUCCAUUAGGACACAACAGACUUUAAAGCUGGUGCUGGUUACUGGCUCAGAAAAUAGAUUUUUUUUACAAAUAAUUUUUAUACAAAGAGAAUGGACUGACGUUUUGGUGCUGGUGUGCAAGUUGCUGAGUGAUGUGUUUGUAUUUGUGUUUGUGAGAGUGGUGAGGGAAGGUUAAGAAGCUUCUCUCUCAGUUUUGAAGAGUAUUUAGUAUUCUGUAAUUGUUUUCCCCCUCAGCUCUUUUUACUUUACUUUUAUAGACAGUGUGUGUUCACUGUUCCUGAAAAUUCAUCACAAAUGUACUUGGCAAUGUUAAGAUAUAGAACCUUAAAGACUUGAGGACCUGUAACCAUCAACUGUAUAACUGAAAUCAUGAACACUGGGAUGAACUACAGGCUUGAUAUUGUGUUUGAUAGAGACCUUCUUUCUACUGUACCGUUUUUAAAAACCUUUGAGCCAGAGAUCACUGGUAUUAUCUUAGACUUACUCUGAUUUCGCACCUUAUAAAGAAUUGAUGUUUGUGCAUAGAAAAUGUUUGAAAAAUCUAGAGCAUUUAUCAAGCAUUGGUGUUUUCCUGUGUUUUUGAUCUGUUGUUGAAGCUUGUUUCUGUGAUAUAAUGUGAACACACCCUACAAAAUGUACUGGCACUAAUUCAGAAAGCCGCUAACCAUACAGCAAACAUAUUGGUGAAAUCAUAUUUCUUUUCUUUCAUAACACAACAUUUGGUUUUGAACAGCUAUGUUCAGCUGUGCUGUGUGUGUUUGUGAGAGCGAGAGAGAGAGUUAGAGUGAAGCUGGCCUUCUCUUGACAGAGCACAACUGUACACAAUGAAACAAUUCAAAGUAUUCUCACAAAUAAGUUAAAAUAACAACUGCUUUUGUAAAGUUUUUUUGUACUGUAUUGGUUUAUAAGCUUUUGUAAAUAGUUGUGUAAAAAUGUACAUAUUGAGAGUUAUAUAACAUAAUAAAUACAUUUGU